AUGAUAGCGGCCGCCGAGCUCGUCAAUCUCAGACAGGGAAAAGACGAACCUCUGAGAGCAUUCAUGCAUAGAUACACUGAAGCAGCAAGGAGGGUAAAAGGCAUCACUCACGAGUUCAUUAUCAGAAACCUACCCAACUGCUUAAAGCCAGGAUAUGUCUCGGAAACUCUCUAUGUCGAACUACCGAAUACACUGGAAGAAUUGCAAGAAAAAAUGACCAAGUUUAUCAAAAUGGAGGACCAAAGGAACUUCCGUAGAAAAACGGACGUUCCUACAAACGAACACAAACAGGAAAGAAAACAUCCACGUGAAGGAGAUCGAAACCAAAGGCCCCCGAGAAGGGAUCUUCUAGCAGCUCUGGGCCCUCGAUACGACCGUUACACAAACCUCACCAUCCCGAGGGAGAGGGUAUUUGAGAAGGCCCUACAAGCAAAUAUAAUUUUUAUCCACAAACGGUACACACCUAGGGGUGUAGAUGAAACGAAAUCCUGUCGGUUCCAUGACAACCGAGGACACACCACAAAAAGUUGUCAGGUCCUCAAAGACGAAAUUGAAAGAUUAAUCCGUGCUGGACACCUACGAGAAUUUGUGAAGGAGGAACCAAGACAAAGAAGGCGUUCCCCUAAGAAGACACGUAGAAGUCCAGAACGCCCGCAACAAACGACCGAACGGUCACGUGAGCGUUCUCGAAGUUGA